UGAACAAAAUGAGGUGAAUUUAUUAUUAAAACAACACCAAAUAGUUGCCAUUUGUGAAUUAAAUCUUGUUUUCAGUUACGUUUACAAUUUUUCUGAGACCAUUGGCAGAUGAUUGUUCUUGUUUUAAUCAUGAAUCCAACUUCUUGUGACAUUUUAUAUUAACCUGCAUGAACUUGGACUUAAAAAGUGUUAAAUUUACCUUCAUAAAACCUUCGGAAACCAUGUAUAAGGUUUAUUUUUAGUAUUAAAUGUGCAUAAAAUGUCGUCUUUUUGUUAAUGAGUAUUAAGGAUUUAUGCAGGAUUAAAUUUCUAGCAAAAAUUUAUGUUACAUUUUGGAAUAUGCUUUGCAAUUUCUUUCUUUGUGAUUAUAGUUGUCAUGCAAAAUAUAUACAUUCACAAUAUACCCUAGGCCUGUUGGUGUGUGUUUAGCGAUGGGUUGGACUAGUGCAUGACGUCAUGUGAUUAUCUCCAGCUCGAGCUCACACAUCUGCACAUUCAGUCCGGCGGUGUGGAGCGCUUGUGUGGAGAGCUGCGCGCGCCUCUCCGGAGCGCGCCUGACAGAACGCGCGCAGCGCAACUGUUCUUGAGUUCUUUUUGCGCGUCAGCUUGUCGGAAUCGAAACAGUUUGUGAUUUUAUGAAUAUCUGCGUGCACGAUGAAAAGCUGUCACGCUGCAAGCAUGAGAAGGUCGCGUCCCCAGAGCGCACUGACAGCUCAAGUGUUUCAGUGCAUGGGUGACACCACCUAACGCGUCAAGUCUGGAAAAACUAACCUGGCUGUCAGAAAGAUGAACUCAGAAUGGGUGUAACUCAGUCCAAUGCAACGAAGGAGGAUGCAAACAUCACCAUCACCUCAUGGCCGUACACGGAGACGGCCGCCGCGUUCAUCAUCCUCGUGGUUACCGUGAUCAUUCUGGUCACCAUCGUUGGGAACGUUCUGGUCAUCGUGGCGGUUCUGACCAGCCGCGCUCUCCUUGCGCCACAGAACCUCUUCCUCGUGUCGCUUGCGUGCGCGGACAUCCUCGUGGCCACGCUAGUCAUUCCUUUCUCCCUCGCUAACGAGAUCAUGGGACACUGGUACUUCGGCAGCACCUGGUGCGCGUUUUACCUGGCUCUGGACGUUCUGUUCUGCACGUCGUCCAUCGUGCAUCUGUGCGCCAUCAGUUUGGAUAGGUACUGGUCCGUCACCAAAGCGGUGAGCUACAACUUGAAAAGAACCCCGAAGCGCAUCAAGUCUAUGAUCGCGGUGGUGUGGGUCAUUUCAGCCAUCAUCUCUUUCCCACCACUCAUCAUGACCAAGCACAACGAGAAGGAGUGUUUAAUAAACGACAAGACCUGGUACAUCCUCUCCUCGUGCCUGGUGUCGUUUUUCGCGCCGGGGUUUAUCAUGAUCACAGUCUACUGCAAAAUCUACCGCGUCGCCAAACAGCGUUCGUCCACAGUAUUCGUGGCCAAGAACGGGUUGGAGAGGCAGCCUUCCCAGUCCGAGACGUGCUUUGUGAGGAAAGAUAAGUUUGAGAAAGUGUCUCCGAGCAGCAACAGCUCGGAAAGCAACCAGAGACAGGAGGAGCUGGAUGAUAUCGACCUGGAGGAGAGCGCGACGUCCGACAACAAACCAAAUAGCUCGCGGUUCUCCAAGCACAGGCGGGUGGACGGCGCGCGCACCUGCGCGCAGAGGACCUGCCGGAUCUCCUGGGUUUCCAGUCAGGAGCAGAGCAGCAAACAGCUCGAGGUGGCGUCGAAAACCAAACUGGCACAGAUGCGGGAGAAACGCUUCACCUUCGUUCUGGCUGUGGUCAUGGGGGUGUUUGUCCUCUGCUGGUUUCCUUUUUUCUUCACCUACAGUCUCCAGGCCAUCUGCGGGCACAGCUGCAAGCCGCCUGAGGCGCUUUUCAAGCUCUUCUUUUGGAUUGGUUACUGCAACAGCUCAGUGAAUCCCAUCAUUUACACGAUUUUCAACAGGGACUUCAGAAAGGCUUUUAAGAAAAUCGUUUGCUUGACUGCGCAGCGCACCUAAGAGACUCGUAUUUCGACUCUUUAAGUCAAGAUUAAAAUGCCUGAAUGUCAUCAGAAUUUAAACCAAGAGGAAUCUGCAAACUAAUUAUGUCCUUUUGCAUAGCACUCUCAUUAACUGUCAUGCCCAAUUUUUUUUCUACUUUUCAAAUGCCUUUCAAUGUAUAUACAAAUUAAAAGUAUGUAAAAAAAACUAAAAAAAGAAAGAGAAAAAAAAAAUACAUAAAACAACAGACAUUGCAUGUUUUUCAUUAUAUGAGCUAUCACGUCACACCAUUUCCAGGUAUUUAGUGAUAUAUUUUUACUGUUUCAGAUGUCAAUUCCACCACAAAAUGCUUUAUGAAAUUGACAGAAUUGUACUGUGAUGCAUAUGCACUUUGUUUACUUAAUGGAGAAGUUAAAGGAGUGUGAAAAGUGUGUUUUAAGGAAGUUUGUCAUCUAAAGUGUUAAAAGGACCACAUGGCCAAACAUGUUUAUAGUUGAAGAAACAAAAUCAGUUGCACUGAAAAGAAAGGGUGUAGGAUUUACUUUGAAUUUCCACUCAGAAACGUUUUUAGUAAAUUUAGCAAAUACAAAGACAUGGCAUGUCACACAUAAACAUGACAUGAACAUGAAAUUUAGAGAUGAAAAACUGACUAGUAUCUUCUUGUAAGAUACUACGGUGCUGUGUUUUCGUGACUUUGUAUGUAGCAAAGUCAGCUUUCAGUAUUUCCAUUGUUUUAUCAUUUAAAACCCAACAAAAUAUGCUUGUGCUCUCUCUCUCUCUCUCUCUCUGUUUACUAAUCCAAUGACAUUCCAACAUUUUAAAAAGUGACUCUAGUGUGACUUAGGGCCUCUGAUGUACAUAUUGUUUGUAUAUAUUAAAUAAGAAAUAUUUGACUUCCAUGUCACCACAGUGUCAACACUCUCAAAUAAUAUAAAAUGUAUAAAUGUAAACAAAAAUGAUUAAAUAUUAUAUUAUAUACUGUACUGUAUAUUUUCAAUACAACUUAGACUUCUAUAUACUGUACAUUCCAGACUAUAAACGCCAAAUGACAGAAUUUAUGAAUCCUAGUUUUGGGAGUAAUACUGGUAAAGUGUUUAUUAAAAUGGAAGUGUCUGAUGCAUUAGUACAA